CGUAUAGCUGUUUAUUAGGUAGACAAUUUUAUAAAUUACAAUUAAUAAUGGAUGUGAAGAAUUUGGAGCCUUAUGCUAUAAUUGGCUUUGAUGGUUCUGUACUAAAAGGUCUGAAGAUUCAUCCAGACGGUCAGCAUGUGGUCUACCCUAUGGGUAACAAGGUCUGCAUUCAGGAGUGGAAGAGUAAGAAGAUGAGUUUCCUCAGCGGACAUACCAACAGCGUGUCGACGCUAGCUAUAUCACCUAAAGGAACAUACAUAGGCUCAGGCCAGAUUAACCACAUUGGUUUCAAAGCGUCGGCGAAACUGUGGGACUUUAAGAGAAAGUCGAUGAUUGGAACCCAUGAGCUACAUAAGGUCCGAGUCGAAGCUCUCUCCUUCACAUCGGACGAGCGCUACAUGAUCACCUUGGGCGGUCGCGAUGAUGGCACUGUAGUUAUAUGGGACUGCGUCUCCGGCGCCGCCACGGGGACCGCAGCAGCUACCAAGCUGACGACGGGCGACGCGGUCACGGUCACGCCGCUGCUGCUGCGGCACAACUCAUUCGUGACCGCCGGGGAUUCGAACCUCCGCAUCUGGAACAUCAGGUCUGACAGCAAGAGUCUGGACGUGGUCGACGUGUCGCUGGGCAAGCUGCGUCGCUCCGUGCGCUGCGUCGCCGUCAAUAUAGACGACACGUUCGGAUAUGCUGGUACCACAUCAGGCGACCUGAUAAAGUUCUCUAUCAACUUCCCCGCGGACCCGUCAGUGGGCGUGGGUGACUGCAAGCCCACGUUGCUCGGCUGUCAGGCCAAAUGCGGACCCUGGAGAAAGGGCAGGAGGCCGGAGUCUGUUUGUUAUGCCCAAGGUGUGGAAGCCAUCAUCAUCAUGUCGGACGGGUGUCUGGUGGUGGGCGCGGGGGACGGCCGGGUGGAGCUGCUGGACGAGAUCAACUGGGUGGGGGAAUUCCCCAAAGCGAAGGUCGCCGAACCCAACAGACCUACCUUCAGAGCUCUGAAGUCUACUAAACUGGACGGUAGCAUCACAUCCCUCGAGCUGUUCGACUCCGGUACACCAGCGCAGCGGAAGCUCCUAGCGGGCACGCGGCGCAGCGAGAUCCACGCUAUAAACCUGCAGACUUUCGAGCCGCUACUCGUGUUGACCUGUCACACUUGUGCGAUCAACGAUAUUGCUUUUCCGAGGGGCAUGUCGGGCGUGUUCGCGAGCGCGGGCGCGGGCGACGUGCGUGUGUGGUGUCUGCGGACCGCGCAGGAGCUGCUGCGCGUCGUCGUGCCCAACUUCGUCUGCUCCUCGCUUCUGUUCGCCGCGGACGGGAAGUCGAUUGUUACAGCGUGGAACGACGGCAACAUCCGCGCGUUCACGCCGCUGACGGGCCGGCUGGUGUACGUCAUCUACAACACGCACAACAAGGGCACCUCCGCGCUCGACAUGACCGCCGACGGCCGCACACUCGUCUCCGGCGGCUGCGAGGGACAGGUGCGAGUAUGGGACAUCCGCCCUGAGAGCCAGACCCUCAAGAAAGUGCUAAAAGAGCACAAGUCACCGGUGUCAGCUAUACAAAUAUCGCCGUCUGACACUGAGGCUGUCUCCGCCGGGACUGACGGCUCCUGUAUCAUAUGGGAUUUAGUAUCGCUGUCGCGUCGUCAGGUGCUAUACGCGAACACGCUGUUCACGUGCGUGCGGUACUCCCCGCUCGGCGGCGGCUGUCAGCUGCUGACGGGCGGCACGGACCGACGGGUCGCGUACUGGGAGGCGGGCGAGGGACAUCUGGCGAGAGAGUUGGAAGCGAGCAAGACGGGCGCCAUCAACGGCCUCGACAUAUCCAGCGACGGAGAGCUCUUCAUCACAGGCGGGAAUGAUCAGAUGGUCAAGUUAUGGCAGUACCAGAGCGGCGUGUGCACGCACUGGGGGCGCGGGCACGCGGGCGCGGUGACGGCCGCGCGGUUCGCGCCCGACCGCCGCCACGCCGUCAGCGCGUGCGCCGCGGGAGGGAUCAUAGUGUGGGAAGUGCCGGAGGAGUACAUAGACAAACCGCCAUCAAGACCUAAAGCAGAGGAAACCGCUGUGGAAUCCCCCAAAAGUCUGCAGCAGCAACUAUCACUGCCUUUGGAGGAGAAACCCAAACGCCAGAAUAAGCUACCGUCGGCACCGGUUAAGGUCGAGAAGAUCGAGGCGAUAGACACGUCGCGCAGCAGCGUGCACUCGUGUUGUCCCUGUCGCACGCAGCGCAGCGACAACUCCAACGCAUCCAAGAAAACGUCCUGCAGAUCUCCAGAUAACUUACCAACACGGACAACAAGCAAGAAUUCUGUAAAUAGAUGUGCUGUUGGAAAAUGAAACAAGAUGCAUAUUUUUAUUUAGUUUUGUAUAUUUUUAAAUACAAUAAAUAAUCAAGUAUUAAAGUUUCUUCUUUUCACGCAAUAUUAUUUUAUGCACAGACUGCUAGAAAAAUAGCAAUACUAGAAAC